CAAGGCAAACGCCUUGUUUGCCUUGCGGUAGUAGUGAUCAGGGGCGGACUGACCAUUUGGAAACUUGCCCGAGGGCCCGGGGUCAGUAGGGGGCCCCAUGAGAUGCCCCUGGUACCUUUUUCAUAGGCUUUUUUGAGUUUGGGCAAGGACACAGGGGCCCCAUGAUCCCCAAUUGCCCGGGGGGGCCAUGAGUUGUCAGUCCGCCCCUGGUAUGCCACCCAUCAGUGCUGCCUAUUAGUGCCCAUCAGUGCAGCCUAUCAGUGCCCAUCAUUGUUGCAUAUCAGUGCC